AUGCACUAUAGCUUAUAUUAUUAUGCAUUUGUUUUAAUAUUGGGAUGCCACUUAGUUGAAGGAAAUCAAAGAAUUUUAGCAGAGUCCACUCCUUCUAGUACGAAAUGGCAAUUUGAUUAAUUUUCUACACAGGUGGAAUAGAAUAUGUAAACAGUUGUCUUUCCAAAUAAAUAAUUAUUAUUUGUGUAGAGCCUCGUGGAUGAAGAUGAAAAGAAAUCCAUCAUUUUAUAAAAAUAUGAGAGAGAUGAAACAAAAAUUGGAAAUGAACUAAAAUUUGGUGAUUUAAAUACAGAAUGUAUGAGGCCUAAGGUAACGUUAAUAAGCAAUAUUGGGUUUGCUUUAAGUUGGAUCGAAAAAAAGAUAGAGACAACCAAAUUAUAUAUUUAAAUCUUAAAUUUUGAUUUAAAUCCAAUCACUUAAAAACAAGAAAUAAAUGAUAUUCAUUUAGAAGUUCAUUGGGAUUUUGUAUCAGAAUUUCAUUAUAUAUAUUAUAUUAAUGAAACUAAGUUAUUAAUUCUGUACAAAGGUCCUAAUAAAACAAAAAUAUGGCAUGGAACCAUUUAUGACUACUAAGAUAAUACUAGAACAUCUGAUGUUAAUUUGAUCUUUUCUAAGUAAGUGUCUAUUGCUGUAAAUUAAUUAUUAGUUAUUGUUUUAAUACAAAAGAUAGAAGAUACUUAUAGUAAUUAAGUUACUAUUUUAAAUUAAGAUGGAUAAAUUUAAAGAACAUUUAAAUUAUAUUAAUAUUAUUAUGAUAUUUAAAGCUUUUAACCAAAAAUUACAGCACUUUCAAAUAAUAAUUUUNGUAGCUAUAGUUUUAUAGAAUUGUCGGAUUACAAUGAAUCCAUUUUUUUUCCAUUUGAUUUGAUGAAUUUCUUGAAGUUAGAAAAAUUAAAAACUCUUUUGAUACAACCUGUUGCCCAAUUAUAAGUAUUAGCGCCUUUAUUAUUGGCUGUAGUUCAGUGGUAUGUAAGAGUUCUUGGGUUCGUUAUAUUUUUAAUGAUUAUCCAAUAAUAGAUGGAAUAAGCCAUCUAAUACUAUCUGACAAUGAUGUAGUACAUUAUGGUAAUGUGUUUUUAUGAGUUUUGA